GUUGGCAAUGUUUGUGUUGAUCACGUGUUUUGUGUUUACGUUUUGAGUACGCGUUACGAGAAACACACCGUCGAUGACAACCACUGUAUCAUCAAAUUGAAGCCAAUAUGUCCAUCAAGACACCGACCAAUCAGCAGCGGCUCACAAACGUGGCCAUUGUCCGCAUGAAGAAGUGCGGCCAGAGGUUUGAGAUCGCGUGCUAUAAGAAUAAAGUGGUUUCCUAUCGCCAGAAAGUCGAGACAGACAUCGAUGAAGUACUGCAGACACCGGUUGUCUUCAUGAAUGUCUCGAAAGGACAGACGGCUAAGAAGGAGGAUCUCGUGAAGGCAUUCGGCACCGAAGACCACAUGAAGGCCUGUCUUGAGAUCCUUACGAAAGGCGAGCUCCAGAUCUCUGAGAAGGAGAGGUCCCACCAGUUGGAGGGCGCGUACAAAGAGAUCGCGACCAUCAUAGCGGACAAGUGCGUGAACCCGGAGACCAAACGGCCCUACACUGUAGGUAUGGUCGAGAAGUGUAUGAAACAGUUGCACUUCUCGGUGAAGCCCAACCGCAACAGCAAACAACAGGCCAUCGAACUGAUCCCACAGCUCAAGACUGUGAUGCCUAUAGAGAGGGCGCAGAUGAAGCUCCGGGUCGUCACCCAUAAGAAGAAUAAGCAGAAACUGAAAGAGUUGGCCACUAGUGUGGAGGUGGAGUCCAUGGGCGAUGAGGGACUGCUCGAAAUGGUGUUUAUGACAGACCCGGGACACUACCGAACCAUCGACCAGUUGGUCAACAGUACACCCAAAUCGCAACUACACGUGCUUUUGCUGCAGGAGGUGGAGGAGGGCGAGGGCUCACUCGAGUGAGACGCCGCCGGCGCCCAACCGCACCGCCCAGUACUCGAAGCCCAUUGCAUUCAAAUCUCUGUAUAAGUUGUCGAUGACAUCGGUUUCUGUAAAUAACAUUAAUUUUGUUUUUUAAUUAUAUUAACCGCUCUUUUAGUCCAUGAGAUAUAUAUAAAGAGGUUUUAAGUGUCCAUUGAGUGUACCUUUGAGUGUAUUGUAUAUAAUAACAGUACCGCCGCCGCC